AUGAAUUCAUCUAUCUCAAUACCUCAACCAAAAAUCUUGCCCAUACAUAGCUUAUCAAGUGCCAGAAAUCCUGAGCAAGUAAUUUCUUUGAGGAGUAAUGUGCAAGCUAGAAUGGAAAAUUUACAAGAAUAUAAAAAACAGCUUCAAGCUGAAUCUUGA